AUGGGGCAGCGAGUUGGGGUCGUGGUGGUCACCAUGGGGUUGGAAGCCCAUGAUGGGGUGCUGUGGGUCUUACCCCUCCUCCCUGCCCCACGGCGUCAGGCCACCGAGGAGCCCCCCAGCACCGCCGAGAACCUCCGGCCCUUCAACCUCGUCAUCCCCUUCACCGUGCAGAAGGGUGAGAUCACAGGGGAGGUGAGGAUGCCCUCGGGGAAGACGGCGCGACCCAACAUCACCGACAACAAGGACGGGACGGUGACGGUGCGGUACGCCCCCACCGAGAAGGGCCUCCACGAGAUGGACAUCCGCUACGACGGCAACCACAUCCCCGGGAGUCCCCUCCAGUUCUACGUGGACGCCAUCAACCCCCGACACGUGAGCGCCUACGGGCCGGGCCUGAGCCACGGCAUGGUCAACAAGCCUUGCACCUUCACCAUCGUCACCAAGGACGCCGGGGAGGGUGGGCUCUCCUUGGCGGUGGAGGGUCCUUCCAAGGCGGAGAUCACCUGCCAGGACAACAAGGACGGGACCUGCACCGUGUCCUACCUCCCCACCGCCCCCGGGGACUACAACAUCAUUGUCCGCUUCGACGACAAGCACAUCCCAGGCAGCCCCUUCACCGCCAAGAUCACCGGGGAUGACUCCAUGCGGACGUCCCAACUCAACGUGGGCACCUCCACCGACGUCUCGCUGAAGAUCACGGAGACGGACCUGAGCCUGCUGACGGCCAGCAUCCGGGCGCCCUCGGGCAACGAGGAGCCCUGUCUCCUCAAGAGGUUGCCCAACCGCCACAUCGGUAUCUCCUUCACGCCCAAGGAGGUGGGCGAGCACGUGGUGAGCGUGAAGAAGAGCGGGCAGCACGUCACCAACAGCCCCUUCAAGAUCCUGGUGGGACAGUCGGAGAUCGGGGACGCCAGCCGGGUGAAGGUGUGGGGCAAGGGGCUGGUGGAAGGUCACACCUUCGAGGUGGCCGAGUUCAUCGUGGACACACGAAGCGCCGGCUACGGUGGGCUGGGCCUGUCCAUCGAGGGGCCCAGCAAGGUGGACAUCAACUGCGAGGACGUGGAGGACGGGACCUGCAAGGUCACCUACUGCCCCACCGAGCCCGGCAACUACAUCAUCAACAUCAAGUUCGCCGACAAACACGUCCCAGGGAGCCCCUUCACGGUGAAGGUGACGGGUGAAGGUCGGAUGAAGGAGAGCAUCACCCGCCCGCGCCAGGCCCCCUCCAUCGCCACCAUCGGCAGCACCUGUGACCUCAACCUCAAGAUCCCAGGGAACUGGUUCCAGAUGGUGUCGGCGCAGGAGCGCCUGACGCGCAGCUUCACGCGGAGCAGCCACACGUACACGCGCACGGAGCGCACGGAGAUCAGCAAGACGCGGGGCGGAGAGACCACGCGCGAGGUGCGGGUGGAGGAGUCCACCCAGGUCGGAGGAGACCCCUUCCCCCCAGGCGUCUUCGGGGGCUUCCUGGCCAGAGAGGGGCUGGGCUCCUUCGGGACCCUCGCCCGCGCACAGGAGG